UUUUUUGUUUAUUUGUCAAGAUUUUUUUUUUAAUAUACAGGCUUUUUGUGUGUGACUUUGAGAAAUGGUGGAUGAAGGAACAAAGAAGACCUUAGGUGCUAUUCCUUUGCUCAAGACCAGUGCUGGGCCACGGAAUAAGGAGCAGUGGGUGCAGAGGCUGAAAGAAGAGUACACUAGUCUCAUCAAGUAUGUAGAAAAGAAUAAACAAGAGGACAAUGACUGGUUCAGGUUGGAGUCCAACACAGAAGGCACCAGAUGGUUUGGCAAGUGUUGGUUGGUCCAUGAGCUCCUCAAGUAUGAAUUCGACGUGGAAUUUGAUAUACCAGUGACGUAUCCAGCUACAGCCCCUGAAAUUGCAAUCCCUGAAUUGGAUGGGAAAACAGCAAAAAUGUACCGCGGAGGAAAGAUCUGUUUGUCUGACCAUUUCAAGCCAUUGUGGGGCAGGAAUGUGCCAAAAUUUGGCAUUGCUCAUGCCAUGGCUUUAGGGCUGGGUCCAUGGUUGGCAGUGGAAAUUCCGGACCUGAUUCAAAGAGGCGUAGUCACAUACAAGGAAAAAUGCGGAGGCCCACCAUCAGCAACAUGAGUUAUUGUUUUCUCCCUCUGUCUCUCAAAUAUGCCUCUGACGAAGGCGUUUGUUUCCAUUUUUGGUUUAUUUUUCUGUCUGCAUUCAUGGUUAAAUCUUAUUGGUGGCGGUGGAAAAAAAAAAAGAGUUUGUGUUAUUGCUGCAUUUCCGAAUCUUUGAAAGAAAACAGAAGGAGAAAAAAAAUCGUGUUUUACCAAUGGAGGGAGACCUUUUUCCCGCCUUUCCUCGUGAUUUUGAAAAAUGUUUUUCCUCUGCGGAUAGAAUUUUAUUUUUGGUUGAAGGAUGAUAUCCUUAAUUUGCUGUUGAACGACGUUGAAUGAAGCUGGAACGGCAGUAUUUCCGUCA